AUGAAACUUAGCAGAAUUUUACUGCUGAUGUCGGCUGCUGCGCCCCUUGUCGGCGCUGCAGCCGUACCAGACAUACAGAAUGAUGAUGCCGUUCCCGCUCUUGUGCUGCGGUUCAGCCCAGCCUCAGAACACGAUGCGACCAAACGCGACGAGCCUGCAUGGGAAUACGAGAGGCUCUUUCGGCGCAAAGGCGGCGGCGGCAGCAGCGGCGGUGGCGGUGGUCGCUCUGGCGGUGGAAGUGGCAAAGGCUCGUCGUCGUCCAGCUCGGGCGGCCGUACCACCACCGGCAGUGGCACGAAGCCAGCUUACGGCGGUGGUGCCUACUACGGUGGUGGCUCGACGGUGCCGUAUCGCUCGGGCUCGACGUCGCCGUCGGGCAUCGCUCCGCUGGCUCUCGGCGUCGGUGCCGGCUUGGCCAUCGGCAGCAGCACGCACUUUUGGCCCGGCUACUGGUACCACCCGAUCUACUAUUAUCCGUACAGCCACCCGUACGCAUACCUUAACCAGACGUCCAACCGGAACGAGACGAAGAAUGUGGCCUGUGCCUGCGACGAGACGGUCGAGUGUGGCUGUGACAACAACUCCAACAGCACGUACUUUGCCGACCUGCUUGGAAACGGCUCCUACGCCGCCCUCAAUGCCAGCGGUGUCGCUGUGGCCGACGUCAACGGCACCAGCACCCUGCUCAUCAACGGCACCCUGCCCAACGGCACCACGGCGGCGGGUGGCACCGAAAGUGCCAGCGCUGCCGGCGGCAGCCUGCGAGAGCUGCGAGAGCACGCCGGCCUGGUACCUGCCAUCGCUGCCAUGCUUGCCAUGGUGUAUGUGCUGUGA